AUGCGUCGGUCCAUCGCGCUUUUCCUGGGCCUCGCUACGGUGGCCUUUGCGCAAGACAGCGCUGCUCCUUCCACUGACUCUUCUAUGCCUACUUCAACAGAUUCAUUCUCGUCCACGACCCCGACAACAGAUUCCAGCACCGUUCCUAGCGGUACUACUGCCACAAACACUAUCAGUGGGCCUAUCACGCACACAGUCGCAUUUGCAAGGGGAGGCCACACCUUUGAACCCGACGUGACCCUCGCCAAAGUAGGCGAUACUAUUCUCUUCCAAUUUAACUCGGCGAACCAUUUCGUCAUCCGCGCAGAAUAUGGCUACCCUUGCAUUCCCUACGAAGACACGGGAGUGGACAAGAUCGGGUUUUUCUCCGGCUUCAAGCUCGUAGACGCGAAAUUAAGCGAUCCCCCAAGUUGGUCGCUUCUGAUCAACGACACAAAUCCCAUAUUCUACUACUGCGGCGCCUCGGGAUCAUGUAUCAACUAUCAGAUGGUCGGAGUGAUCAACCCCAACGCGACGACUUCUUUGGAAACACAGAAACAACUAGCCAAGGACUCGACUUUCAUGCUCCUCCCAGGUGAACCCUGGCCAGAUGAGAGAGAAAAUCCAUUUAUUACAACUUCUUCUGCUCCGACCUCUUCUCCGACCGCGGCUGCCACCAAUUCUGUCGCAGCAUCCAGCGCCACCAGCGAACCAGACUCAUCGAGUGGCAGGCACUUAAUUUUGUCUGCUGGUGCCAUCGCCGGAAUCGUCAUUGGAGCCUCCGCCCUCACUCUGGCGGCAGCAGGGCUCUUGUAUAUGUGCAGCCGAAAGUCACGACGAGAGUCUCUAAAACAAGACGACGGCCCUGACACCCAUCACACGACCGCACACCAGAUGUCUCACAACCCGUAUAUGGACCCUACCGAACACAUGUCGAUGCACAGCAGCGCCGUGGGCGUCGGGCCUGCCUUGCCAGGCUACAUUCCCCAGCACGACCCGGCAAUGUCGCCGCUUACGCAUCCUGCUUUCCCCAUGAGCAACUCACAUUCCCCCGGUCCCUCGGCACCCGGAGAUGACACAUCCAAUGGCCCUUCGCCGAGCCAGAUGUAUGUUGUGCCGGCAUACAGCAGCGACGUUCAGCAGAACAUGUAA